CAAAGCGCCUGUCUUUUUCACCGCAUUCAAGGCAAUUAGAGAGCGGGAUUAAACAAACACUCAACACCAGCACCCUCAGCAGCGACAGGGAUUAUCCCGCUUACCCGGGGCAUGGAGCCGUGGCAAGGCCAUGCUGUCCCGUGGCAGAGAUCUCCCUGCUCCGCUCGCUCAGGUUCAGCAGAGGGGCAGAGCCUGCACCCAGCCGUAAUGGGUGCCCUGAGGUGGCUCUUCUGGGCUGGGCUGGGCUACCUGAGCUGCUGCUGGCCCCCCCAGGCACAGGCACAGUUCCCCCGCGCCUGCAUGACGGUGGAUGCCCUUCACUUGAAGCGCUGCUGCCCGCCCUUGGGGACAGAGCCAGGCAACGUCUGUGGGUCCCUGCAGGGCAGGGGACGGUGUCAGGGGGUGCAGGCAGAUACUCAGCCCUGGAGUGGCCCCUACACCCUUCGAAAUGUGGAUGACCGGGAACGGUGGCCCCUCAAGUUCUUCAACCAGAGCUGUCGGUGCACAGGAAAUUUUGCUGGCUAUAACUGUGGUGACUGUAAGUUUGGCUGGACCGGCCCCAAAUGCAACGUGAGGAAGCCAGCAGUUGUCAGGAAAGAUGUCCACUCCCUGACGGCAGAGGAGAGAGAGCAGUUCUUCAGUGCUCUAGACCGUGCAAAGACAACAAUUCACCCAGACUAUGUAAUUGCGACUCAGCACUGGUUAAGUCUGCUUGGUCCCACUGGAGAGGAACCACAAAUUGCCAACUGUAGUAUUUACAACUACUUUGUUUGGCUUCAUUACUACUCAGUCAGAGACACGCUACUAGGGCCUGGCCACCCCUUCACAGGUAUCGAUUUCUCCCAUCAAGGACCUGCCUUUGUUACUUGGCAUAGGUACCAUUUGCUGUUGCUGGAGAGAGACCUGCAGCGGCUGGUGGGCAACGACUCCUUCGCGCUGCCCUACUGGAACUUUGCCACAGGUAGAAACGAGUGUGAUGUCUGCACGGACCAGCUCUUCGGAGCAUCGCGGCUGGAUGACCCGGGGCUGAUCAGCCUGAGCUCCAGGUUCUCCCGGUGGCAAAUAGUUUGUAACAGCUUGGAUGACUACAACCGCCUGGUCACUCUGUGCAACGGGAGUGAUGAAGGGCCGCUGCGGCGGAGGCCGCCCGCGGGCUCCAGCGAGCGCCUGCCCACCGCGGAGGACGUCCAGAGCUGCCUCUCCCUGCAGGAGUUUGACAGCCCCCCCUUUUUCCGCAAUUCCAGUUUCAGUUUCAGGAAUGCGCUGGAGGGCUUCGAUAAACCUGGUGGAGCCCUUAACUUGCGGAUGCUGAGCCUUCACAAUUUGGCUCACUCAUUCCUGAAUGGGACCAGUGUUCUCCCUCAUGCAGCUGCCAACGAUCCCAUCUUUGUGGUUCUUCACUCCUUUACUGAUGCCAUCUUUGACGAGUGGAUGAAGAGGUUUAAACCACCUGACAAUGCCUGGCCCGAGGAGCUGGCUCCCAUUGGUCACAACAGACUGUAUAAUAUGGUCCCUUUUUUCCCUCCUGUGACCAACAAUGAGAUCUUCCAAACUGCGGAGCAGCUCGGCUACACCUAUGCCAUUGACCUGCCAGGUUCACUUGACGAAACCCAAGCAUGGGCUGUCACGGUUGGAUCCACAAUUGGAGGAGCACUUACAGCUCUGGCCACACUCCUUCUGCUGCUUGUACUUUUCCAGCGCCGAAGGCAGAGAAGAGGUUUUGAACAACUGAUGAAUGUGCGCUUCAGCCCCAAAAAGUACAUGGAAGAGGCCUAGUGUCCUUGCUUAGUGUCUUUGCUUAUUCUUGUAGGAAGUGACCUUGAUUGUCUUACUGAGAGCUGAGAAUUUAUCACACACUCCUUUGGCAGCUGACUACAUUGUUCUCAUUCAGGCUUUCCUGUUAUCUUGUGAAUUGUAAUAUAUGAGGUCCCUGGGUACAUAUGUACAAGGCCCAAGACAGGCCAGACUUUUCUUAUUACCAAACAUUAUCUGGAGUGUGUGACACUUGUAAAUCACCCUCUAUAGAUUUAGAUCAAGACAGCUAAAGCUCUAAAUAGAAGAAAAUCAACUUGAAUAACCAAGAUAAUUUUUUACCUCAAUGUAUUCUUGAUUUCAUUUAGCGGCUCAGAGAUGUGCGGAAAGUUAUUAACUCUACAUAUAUAUUUGGAUUACAUAUUAUUUUACAGUUACCAAUAAAUAUUCUGAAUAGCAUAGUCUUUUUUUAAGGUUCAAAAUGUUUCAUGCUGUUUGACAAAAUACAAUAGGACCCCUCUGAUUACAGUUUAUUUCAGAAGCAUGAUCAAUUCCGUAUGUUAUUUCCAAUCAAGCUGAUGUUAGCAGUAGGUAAACCUCCAAGCUCAAGUUCUCCUGAAAUUUAAAUGCAGGAGUUCCCUGACAGCUAGAGAUAUACUUGUGCUUUACCUCUGUGUUAGGGACCUGUGACAGAAGUUGAAAAUGGUGCUUAUCCUUCUGUAUUUUGUCUCUGCUGCACUGUUUCAUGAAUUUAGACCCAAAUCUCCAGUCUGGGACCCAGGACCCAAGACUGAGAUAUCUCUCAUUACCCAGGUCUGCAGGUAGGGGAUGAGGUUUGGAUGAGGCACUCCCUAGACCCCAUCUUAAACAUUCCUUUAUAUAUUCCCUAUAUAUUUCUUUAUUUAGACAUAGAUUUUAACCAUAUUUGGGUGGCUCUCCCAUGCUAUCUCGAGAGAGGGUUUUUACACAGCAAAUGAAGUCCUGAAUGGAUUGUGUCAGAUUUGGUGCAUAAUAUGUUACAUUAAUGGAGUGCUCAGAUUUUGCAUUUUGUAAGGUCCUGAGUCUUAGAAAAACUGCUUUUGUAGUCUU